AUGACAGGUUCAAACUCCACCCCUCCCGUUACUAUUGAAUCAAAGAUUCACCCUGCUACAACCAUUACCAACAUCAAAAACCUUAUCCCUAUUACUCUCGAAAUCGACUCCGGUCAAUACAAUUCUUGGGCCACUCUCUUCAAACUACACUGCAAAGCUUUUCUUGUUUACGAUCAUCUUUCUCGCAAACCUGAAACUACCUCCUCUUCCACCGAAACCAACAAACCUUCGAAUGAUUGGAAGCGUUUGGAUGCCAUUGUCUUGCAAUGGAUUUACAGCACGAUCUCUAACGACCUCUUGCAUACCGUUAUUAACAAGACCGCCACCGCGUACAAUGUUUGGGUUGCCAUCGAAAAUCUAUUUCAUGACAACAAAAGCGCCCGUGCCAUUCAUCUUAUGCAUAAAUUCUCCAACACGAGGCUUGACGGUUUCCCCAACGUGUCCGCGUAUUGCCAAGAACUCAAAGUCUUGGCCGAUCAACUAGCCAAUGUAAACGCCCCUGUGGACAACGAUCGGCUCGUACUUUAG